AUGGCCAAGAAGUCUUUCUACGACAUCCUGGAGGUUGACAAGAGUGCUACAUUGGAGGAGAUCAAGUUGGCCUUCAAACGACGUGCGCUGCAGGUUCAUCCAGACAAGGGUGGCAGCAAGGAGGCUUUCCACUUGGUUUACGAAGCACUUGAGACCUUGGCCGACCCAGCCGCGCGCAAGAAGUACGACCAUGGCCUAGCUACAGGGAAGUCUGGAAACUUGGUGCAACCACAACCAGAUGGCCAAACAGGGAGGAAGAAAACUUCAAAGAAACGUGGCCGCUCUGCAGCAAGCAAGGCACAUCCGAAGCCAGAGAAGACUGAACGUCCAGAAGCAAAGGCUGCUAGAGGCCAAGCUAAGCCUGAAUCAGAGACACCCCAAGCACCCCAGUCCAAGCAGACCAAGCUGUUGAUCAAGAUCCGUGAUCUCUUGAAACAGUUGCCUCGAGAUGUGCGAAAUGAUGUGUUCACCAAGCAGUUCUCCCAGAAGCAGCGGCUGAUUCUGGAGAAAUGGAUGGUGGAUGAUGCGUCAUCAAGGCCUCAGGGUCGAAGAGAGGCGGUUCCAUUGCCACUGGCGGAGGGUUGUGUGGGGAGUCAGCCAUUGGCCAUCGCAAAGCUCCAGCAUGUCUCUGAUGAUGAGGAUUGCGAUUCAGCUGUCCAACCUUUGGACACCUUGAGCCUAGUUCCAUCGCAAAAGGCCACGACCAGUGGCAGCCUGAGGAGAAACAUCUCUGGGUCUGGCAACAUCAAGAGCGAUAAAAGCGGGUAUGGUGGCUACAGCGCUCGGAUUUGCUUUGAUGCCUUGCAAUUGUCAACCAAAUACAGUGAUCUACAAACUGCGCUGGAGUUCCUAGUGAUUUUGACAUCUGUAAAGCAGAGGAUGCUCGACAGCAUGAACACGCCUGCCUCUUUCGAGGAGCGCAUGGAAGAAGCAUUGACGUCAUCGGUCCGGGAGCAGGGGAGAAGUGUCGCAGAACUCAACAUGCGCUUUGCUGUUUUUCAAUCAGGCAGCUUCCUCAUUGGCAGAAGAUUCCAACUCCAUUCUCCAGUUGUCCGCAGCGUGCAAGAACUGGGGAAACUUCGUAGUCGCUUAGAGCCUUUCCGACAGUAUGCCAAAAAUGUGGGAUCGCAAAGCAUCUAUUGGUGGUACAGCCCAGCCCACCUGCAAGAUGCAUGGGAACGAUUUCAACUUGCAGUAGCUGACGCGUGGCAAAUGGCAGGUGUUGACAGCGCAUCAUACAUCCAGAAACUUCGCAGCUACUAUCAAGCAACUGCAGCUGCGCGCCAGAGGUUCUCGCAGUCUUGGGAGCGGCAGCAUAUGGCCAUGCAGGACAAAAACAAAUAUCGGCCGAACCGUUUGCGACAAAGGAGUGCCACUAAAAACCUGGAACUGAAGGAGCGUUGGCAGAUGGCCAUCGAGGACAAGCAUGAACAUCGGCCGAAAUCUUGGCGAAAACGCGUGAGGAAAAGAACCUUUGAAAAGAUGCUGCGCCGAAAGCUGCUGAUACUCAAGAAGCUUCUUGCGAGAUGGGAGUGCAUGUUGAGAAGGGAGGCGCGGCUUUUGGACAAGGAGCGUCAAAGAAUCCUGCAGCACAGGAAGGCAAAGCGAAAGAAGGACCAAGAAGAUCAAAGACGCCAGCAAGCUUUGAAUCGAAAAAGAUUGCGAGAGGAAGAACUCUUGAGGAGAGAGGCUGCACGCCAGAGGGCCGGAAGCGGACUCUUCAUGGAUCAUCUUCGCUGGGCGUGACCUGGUGUGAGACGGAAUAA